AUGCAGCGUGAUUACGCCAAAGAUAAAGAAACAAUCAAAUCCUUCCUGGCGGAGUUUUACCGCGAGGAAGAUGAUGGGAAGAAAAACUUCGUUUACGCACGCCAGCUGACAAAGAUUGCGCACCGCGAGCAGAUACAGCUUAUCGUCGAUUUGGACGAUCUGAUAAGCUACCGGGAUGAGGUGGCAGAAGCGAUGCAGUUGAAUGCCCGGCGCUACUUGAAGCUGUUUUCCGAUGCGGUCUUUGAGCUGCUGCCUUCGUACAAGGAGCGUGAGGUGAUGAACAAGGACACACUGGACAUCUUCAUUGAGCAUCGGCUGAUGAUGCAGGGCCGGCUGCACAGUCCGAAUGAUGCUCGCGACGCACGGAACAACAUUCCGAUGGAGCUGAUCAAGCGGUACGAUGUGUACUUCAAGGCGCCGAGUAUGGCCAAGGCGGUGUCGAUUCGCGAAGUGAAGGCGGAGCACAUCGGUAAGCUGGUGACGGUGCGGGGCAUUGUGACGCGCUGUACUGAGGUGAAGCCGAUGAUGACGGUCGCUACGUAUACGUGUGAUCGCUGUGGCGCGGAAACGUACCAGCCGGUUACGUCGAUGAGUUUCAAACCGGCGAUCGAUUGUCCCUCGGAGGACUGCCGUGUGAACAAGGCGGGCGGUCGGUUGUACCUGCAAACGCGUGGCUCGAAGUUUGUAAAGUUCCAGGAAGUUAAGAUCCAGGAGCAUAGCGAUCAGGUACCGGUGGGUCACAUUCCACGGUCGCUGACGGUGAUGUGCCGUGGUGAAACGACACGCUGCGCACAACCGGGUGACCAUGUGGUCAUAACGGGCAUUUUCCUGCCCAUCCAGAAGACAGGUUUCCGGGCGGUUGUGUCCGGAUUGUUGAGCGAAACGUUCGUCGACGCGCACCGGAUUGUUUGCCUGAACAAAUCUGACGAGGGAGAGCUGAACAACGAGCUGACACAGGAGGAGUUGGACGAGCUGGCGAAGGAUGACUUCUACACGCGCAUCGCCAGCAGCCUGGCGCCGGAAAUUUACGGUCAUUUGGAUGUGAAGAAGGCACUGCUGUUGCUGUUGGUGGGAGGUGUCGAUCGCAGUCCGGACGGUAUGAAGAUCCGUGGCAACAUCAACAUCUGUCUGAUGGGUGAUCCUGGUGUGGCAAAAUCGCAGCUGCUUGGAUACAUCGAUCGACUGGCUGUGCGUAGCCAGUACACAACCGGGCGCGGUUCGUCCGGCGUAGGUUUGACGGCCGCCGUCAUGAAGGAUCCUCUGACCGGCGAGAUGGUGCUGGAGGGUGGCGCACUGGUGCUUGCCGAUCAGGGUGUGUGCUGUAUCGAUGAGUUCGAUAAGAUGGCAGAUCAGGAUCGUGUGUCGAUCCACGAGGUCAUGGAGCAGCAAACGAUCUCGAUUGCAAAGGCCGGCAUUAUGACGUGCUUGAAUGCGCGUGUUUCCAUCCUAGCCGCCGCCAAUCCUGCCUACGGUCGGUACAAUCCGCGCCGUACGAUCGAACAGAACAUUCAGCUUCCGGCUGCGCUGCUAUCCCGGUUCGAUCUGCUAUGGCUCAUCCAGGACAAGGCCGAUCGGGACAAUGAUCUGCGACUUGCAAAACACAUCACGUACGUGCACAGCCACGGCAAACAACCGCCAUCGCGCAUCAAGACGCUGGAUAUGGCCCUCAUCCGGCGGUACAUCGCACUGUGCAAGCGCAAGAUUCCCGUGAUCACACCGGAACUGACGGACUACAUCGUCAAUUCGUACGUUGAGUUGCGCCGUGAGGCACGCAACAGCCGUGACAUGACGUUCACAUCCGCUCGCAAUCUGCUAGGCAUUUUGCGCCUUUCAACGGCAUUGGCUCGGCUCCGGUUGGCUGACACCGUCGAAAAGGACGACGUGAAGGAAGCGCUACGACUGCUUGCCAUGUCGAAGGAUUCACUGAAUCAAACCGAACAUCGUGAUACACACGUGCAAAACACUUCGGAUAAGAUAUUUGCUCUGGUGCGUGAACUGGCCGGUGAGAGCAAGACGGUGAAGGUGGCCGACAUUAUGGAGCGCUGCACGUCCAAGGGCUACAAACCGGACGAGGUCGAUGAGUGUAUCGAAACGUACGAGGAGCUGAACGUGUGGCAGGUCAACCAAACACGAACGAAAAUUACCUUCCUGUAA